UCCCGGAUGUGUCCCCCCUCCUCUCUCAACAUGGCGGCUGCGAAGUGAAAUCGGGAGGCGGUUUGGAUGGAUGUGUUUCUCGGGCGAAAAAACAAACCAAAAACAAAACAAAACAAGUUGGUGGCAAACUUGCACCGUCGCUCUGCAACGCCGUGACGAAGGAGAGAAAGGCACAGGACUGAUGUCCACGCGCCCAGCCAUGUUCACAAAGAAGAAGAAGCUUCGCAUCCAGAUCUCGGCGCCGUCCAACUUCGAGCACCGCGUGCACACGGACUUCGACCAGCACGAGCAGAAGUUCGUGGGGCUGCCACGGCAAUGGCAGAGCCUGAUCGAGGAGUCGGCCAAGCGCCCCAAACCACUCAUCGACGCCUCCUGCAUCACCACUGUGGAGCCCCGCAAGGCGAUCGUCCGCGGCAGUAAGAUCUCAGUGGACGGCGCGUCCCUCACAUGGCUGCUGGACGAAUUCGAGACCAUGUCUGUGACUCGCUCCAACUCUCUCCGUCGGGGCAGCCCCCCGUCCCAAACCCGCCGGGACUCCGCCACCUCUGGGGGUCACGAAAACGGGGAGGCAGCCAUACCGAGACCCCCUGGAGAGAGAGGUGGGGGGGGAGGAGGAGGGGAGAGGCAGAGACAGGGAGGCAGGGAAGAUCCAGACAGGAGACCCUCUAGACCCCAGCAGCAGCCACAGCCCAGAGGGCAGGAGCCCAGCUACAACCGGGACAGACCACCGCCCCCGCCUUCCAGAGCAGAACCGAGCCGGAGGCAGGACCGGGAGGGGGGGAAUCGCCACCAGAGCCAGCCGGGGGAAGAGGACCGGGUGGUGAGAAGGGACACCGGGCAGGAGAGGAGGCCCAAGUCCAGCUACACAGGCCCAAACGCCAGCAGCCCCCAGUCCCCCCGGGAUAAGCGUCCGCUCUCCGGACCCAGUAUCGGGACACCCAGCCUGCCCGUCACAGACGGGGUGAUGAAGACAACGCAGCAGUCCGGGAGACCCUUCAACACGUACCCCCGAGCAGAGACCGACGCAGGGAGGGGCGCAGGCACCUUGCCCAGCAGCAAACCCCACGAAGACCCUUCUCACAAUGGGCCCUCCAGCCAGGGCAGGGACCACAGGGGCCACAGCAACCCCAGCACAGGCAGCAGAGGAAGAGGAACAGCUAGCGGGGGCAAAAUACCCCAGGGGAAACUGCGGGCGACCCCACCUGAACAUCAUUCCUCCCACCCUGGCCUGGGGCCGCACCCCUCCAGGGGGAGGGUCGGGGGAGGGGUCUCCAAUCCCCCCGGCCAGGAGCCCCAGCGCGUCUCUCAUGAGCAGUUCAGGGCGGCCCUCCAGAUGGUGGUGGAUCCAGGGGACCCCCGAACGUACCUGGACCACUACAUCAAGAUCGGGGAGGGCUCCACGGGGAUCGUGUGCAUCGCCACGGUCAAGACCAACGGCAAGCUGGUGGCCGUCAAGAAGAUGGACCUUCGCAAGCAGCAGAGGAGGGAGCUGCUUUUCAAUGAGGUGGUUAUAAUGAGGGACUAUCACCACGAGAAUGUGGUUGAGAUGUACAACAGCUACCUGGUUGGAGAUGAGCUCUGGGUCGUCAUGGAGUUCUUGGAGGGCGGGGUCUUGACUGACAUCGUCACGCACACCAGGAUGAACGAGGAGCAGAUCGCCACGGUCUGUCUGUCUGUCCUGAAGGCGCUGUCUGUCCUUCACACGCAGGGCGUGAUUCACAGAGACAUCAAGAGCGACUCCAUCCUCCUCACACACGACGGCAGGGUGAAGCUGUCUGAUUUUGGGUUCUGCGCUCAGGUCUCUAAAGAGGUGCAGAGGAGGAAGUCUUUGGUCGGGACCCCGUACUGGAUGGCUCCAGAGCUCAUCUCCAGACUGCCGUACGGUCCAGAGGUGGAUAUCUGGUCCCUGGGGGUGAUGGUAAUCGAGAUGGUGGACGGGGAGCCCCCCUAUUUCAACGAGCCCCCCCUCAAAGCCAUGAAGAUGAUCCGCGACAACUUGCCCCCGAAAUUGAAAAAUCUUCACAAGAUCUCUCCUUUGCUCAAAGGCUUCUUGGACAAAUUGCUGGUUCGAGACCCCACCCAGAGAGCCACAGCCAAUGAGCUGCUGAAGCACCCGUUCCUGACCAAGUCGGGCCCGCCUUCCUGCAUCGUCCCACUAAUGAGGCAGAACCGCCAGUGAGAGGGGCGGAGCUUGGUGUGACAUCACUGACCCUGUAGGUCGAUAAUGGGGGCGGUAUCAAAGCUGUCACGGACGCACGUACCAAGGGGCCAAAACAACUUGGAAAAAUAAGAGCCACAAGUAUGAAUUCAGGUAGCUCGGAUAGACUGGAUCUCCAAGCAGUUUCGGCUACCGCUAUUUCAGUGUCUUUUCCUGGAGAUGUUUCAUUCCUUUUUUUAAAAAAAAAGAUUGUGGUGACCAGCACAAAACAGCGUUGCAGUGAAAAUGCCACAGCUCAUUUUUGGGGGAUGCUGUCCUCCUGUCUCUAUCCCAUAAUAAAACAGUAGAGCUACAUUGGAGAGGUCAGUAGCGAUCCAGCGCGGCUCUUUUGUCAUGCCUGGGAGCUGAAGCAAUCGCAAGGACAAAGGAAGUCUUACUUUACAUGCAAGUUUCAAACAGGUGCUUCUCGAUGGGGCUUGGCCAAUGGUUACUGUGACUGACUGAGAAAGCUACAGAACUUGCUUGGUUAUUAAAAAUUACAGAAUACGUUUAUCGUAAUGACAACUGGAUAGAUCGCUCGAGGGUGUGUUUUAAUUAUUAUGUUUUAAUUCAUUUCUGUGACACUACUGUCUUAUAUAGAGGGACAAAGCCACCAAAAUCAAAAAUACUACUGAUUGCAAAAGGA